AUGGCCACCGGUCAGGGAAGCGGACAGGGCGCCGGUCAGGGAAGCGGACAGGGCGCCGGUCAGGGAAGCGGACAGGGCGCCGGUCAGGGCGCCGGACAGGGCGCCGGUCAGGGCGCCGGACAGGGCGCCGGUCAGGGAAGCGGACAGGGCGCCGGUCAGGGUCGAGGAAGCGGACAGGGCGCCGGAAGCGGACAGGGCGCCGGACAGGGCGCCGGAAGCGGACAGGGCGCCGGACAGGGCGCCGGAAGCGGACAGGGCGCCGGACAGGGAAGCGGACAGGGCGCCGGACAGGGAAGCGGACAGGGCGCCGGACAGGGAAGCGGACAGGGCGCCGGACAGGGAAGCGGACAGGGCGCCGGACAGGGUCAGGGAAGCGGACAGGGCGCCGGUCAGGGUCGAGGAAGCGGACAGGGCGCCGGAAGCGGACAGGGCGCCGGACAGGGUCAGGGAAGCGGACAGGGCGCCGGACAGGGUCAGGGAAGCGGACAGGGCGCCGGACAGGGUCAGGGAAGCGGACAGGGCGCCGGACAGGGUCAGGGCGCCGGACAGGGUCAGGGAAGCGGACAGGGCGCCGGACAGGGUCAGGGAAGCGGACAGGGCGCCGGACAGGGUCAGGGAAGCGGACAGGGCGCCGGUCAGGGUCAGGGAAGCGGACAGGGCGCCGGUCAGGGUCAGGGAAGCGGACAGGGCGCCGGUCAGGGUCAGGGAAGCGGACAGGGCGCCGGACAGGGCCAGGGAAGCGGACAGGGCGCCGGACAGGGCCAGGGAAGCGGACAGGGCGCCGGACAGGGCCAGGGAAGCGGACAGGGCGCCGGACAGGGCCAGGGAAGCGGACAGGGCGCCGGACAGGGCCAGGGAAGCGGACAGGGUGCCGGCAAGGGACAGGGCGCCGGCCAGGGAAGCGGACAGGGCGCCGGCCAGGGAAGCGGACAGGGCGCCGGCCAGGGAAGCGGACAGGGCCAGGGCGCCGGCCAGGGAAGCGGACAGGGCCAGGGUGCCGGCCAGGGAAGCGGACAGGGUAGUGGUCAGGGAAGCGGUCAGGGCGUGGGUCAGGGAACUGGUUUUGGUCAGGGAAGCGGCUAUGGCCAGGGAACUGGUAGUGGACAGGGAGUUGGUCAGGGAAGCGGCUAUGGCCAGGGAACUGGUAGUGGACAGGGAGUUGGUUCUGGCAUCAGUGCUUUGUGUAAGUUCCUCUCCAUGAGACCUGGACAUUUGCAGUAUUAG